UUGAGUCACUCACAAAGUACUGAUCAACGCGUAGAUACUCUUCUAUACUGAUCGAGUUUGCAUAAGAUGUCGCAGCCACCACACAACCCUGACUUUCCACCACCUUACAGUGCUAAUCCUCCCCAUGGACAGGCUGCAUAUCCCCAGGCAGGAUACCCACAGGGACAGGUGGCAUAUCCCCAGGGCGGAUAUCCCCAGGGUGGAUAUGCCCAGGGACAAGUGGCAUAUCCCCAGGGUGGAUAUCCCCAAGGUGGAUAUGCCCAGGGACAGGUGGCAUAUCCCCAAGGUGGAUAUCCCAAAGGUGGAUAUCCCCAAGGACAGGCACACCUCCAGGGGCAGGCUGGAUACCCACAAGGGGGAUAUCCUGCUCAACGACCUGCUCAUCAUACAACGAUAAUUCAAACAAAUCAGCCCGUUGUUGUGAGGCCAUCCAGUGGUUCAUCUAAAUCGUCAGCUGGUGGUCUGCUAAGUUCAUUAAGCAAAGGAGCAGGAAAAUUAGCCAAAGGGGCGUAUGAUACGGUCACUCAUGAAGUGGAUAUCCAUGCAAGCAGUGCAACAUUGAAAAAGUUCUCUACUGGGAAUGUAGUUGAGUUGACAUCUCGUGUGACAAGUAAUGGACUUCGUAUUUUACCCAAUAGUCAAGUAGAUGCCAGGGCAAGUCCCAAUGAACCUUGUGCUCAUUUCACCUGUAUUAAUGAAGGACAUAAUAUUGUAAUAUUGCGUAAUAUUGCCAACCCAGCAUUUCAUCUGACAAUUACCAGUAACCAUGUAUCAGGAAGGGGAACUGGUGGCUUUCCAUGUAAAUUUCGAAUUCACGAAACACUGAAGGGGUUUGUAACCUUGGAGUCUUUACAAAGUCCUGGUCAGCAUAUUGGUGUAACGGCUGAUGGCACUAUGAAAGCAGCCAAUCUUGUUGGUAAAGAUAAUGAUGCUCAGUUCAGUGUCAGACUUGUGGCAAGUGCAUACCCAUCUGCCGGUGUAGGAGCUACACAGACAACUGUGGUUGUUCAACAACAAUAUCCCCCAACAUAUAAAUAUAAAUAAAACACAAGAACAUUGUCAAUACAUGAUGAGAACACGGAUGAAAUGUUUAUACAGUUGAUAGAUUUUCUAUAUUUUUUUUGAAUUGUGCCAUUAAAAAUAAAAUAUUUUUUCUAUUUGAUACAUGCCUAAUAUAUGUAAACAAAAUAUUCAUACUACGAUAUUAUAAUUAGCAUGUAUGAGUCAAAUUAUUGUAAAAUAGUUUUUGAUUUUAGUAAGAUAUUAAUUUACAGUUGGAUACAUAUUUACAUUUACACAAUUAACUAUUUUACUGAUUUAUAAAUAUGAUGAGACUGAAAUAUUCAGAUUGGAUUGAUAAGUACCAGUUUGACUAGCC